AUGCCACCAAAGGAUCCGACACCUCUAGAUACAGACGGGAGUACCCACGAUAUAUCAACCGCACCCACAACACCUGAUGGCAGUCUUACUUUCAGUCCCAUUUUACAAGCUUUGAAUUUAGACGAUGGUAUCGUAUUCGAUAAUUCUUUUAGAAAUGAGAAUUCGAGGCAUCGUCUUGUACAAAAUGUAUGUUGUGUAGGUGCGGGGUAUGUUGGCGGCCCAACAGCAGCUAUGCUCGCGCUUCAGAAUCCACAAAUAAAAUUCACGGUUGUCGAUAAAGAUACUUCUCGCAUAAGUCAAUGGAAUUCAAAACACUUACCAAUCCACGAACGGGUCUACCAGAGAUCAUACGAUUCCGAACAUACGGAUUAUAUUCAUAUCCCAGCACGAUCACCAAAUCUAUUCUUCGGCAAUAUCGAAGAAUUUCUAGGCGAAGCAGAUAUGAUAAUGAUCGCAGUCAAUACACCUACAAAAACUUAUGGAAUAGGCUCUGGAAAAGCAACAGAUAUGACGGCCGUAGAAUCAGUUGUACAAGAUAUUGGAAAAUAUGCAAAACCUGGAGCUAUUAUCGUAGAGAAAAGUACCGUGCCUGGUCGAACUGGUGAAUUUAUCAAAGAUAUCCUAGCAAUUCUCCGUCCUAAUGAAAUAUUCUCGAUCCUCUCAUCUCCCGAAUUCCUAUCCGCAGGUUCUGCUGUUCAAGAUCUCUUACAUCCAGAUCGUAUUCUCAUUGGUUCUUCUCGCUCCCACAACUCCACUCUUGCAGCCCACUCCCUCGCUUCCCUCUACCACUGGAUUCCUUCUCGAAAACUAAUCCACACCUCCACUGCCUCUUCUGAACUAUCGAAACUGGUUUCCAACGCCAUGUUAGCCCAGCGAAUAAGUUCCAUCAAUAGUAUUUCCGCAAUUUGCGAAGCUAUCAGUGCGGAUAUUGAUGAAGUAUCUUUAGCUGUAGGUCUAGAUUCUCGGAUUGGGAGUAAAUAUCUAAAAGCGGGGAUUGGAUUCGGAGGGAGUUGUUUUGGGAAGGAUAUUAAAUCUUUGAUUUAUUUAGCUGAGGAAUUGGGGUUGGAUGAAGUAGUGGAAUAUUGGGAGAGUGUGUUAGUGGUUAAUGAGUGGCAGAGGAGGAGAUGGGUGGAGAAUAUUGUAAAGAAGAUGGGUGGUGGAUUGAGGGGAAAGAAGGUAGUGGUGUUGGGGUAUACUUUCAAGCGGGGAACUGGGGAUGUGAGGGAAAGUUUGGCGAGGGAGGUAAUUGGGAUGUUGUGUGAGGAGAAACCGGGGGAGAUUGUGGUUUGGGAUGAUGGGUGUGAUCGGGAUGUGUUGGAGGAGGAGGUAAAGGGCGUAGCGAGUGUGAGGGUAGAGGAGGAGCUGUAUAUUGCUUGUGAAAGGGCAGACGCGCUUCUUAUCUGUAGAGAGCUGGAAAAUUCUACAAAGGGAAAAAGUGAGGAAUUAGUUGACCCGAGACCAUUUUUCGGGUGUCCUUCGGGAAUGGAUUUGUUAGAGUUAAGAAGAUAUCUAUCAUCGCAAUCUUGCGCAAAGGUAGAUGUGGAUGAUCCACUAGAAAGGCUAUAUCCCGAGCCACCUUGUGAAGAAGGUUGCACGAAAUGCGAGUGCGGCAAAAACACAAGUGUAAGAGAGGAGCAGGCCAUCGACUGGAAAAGAAUAGUCAAGGGGAUGAAAGCACCAAGAUGGAUAUUCGAUGGAAGGGGUGUCGUUGAUAGGAUUGAAUUGGAGAAGAUCGGAAAAGGUAUGGGGGUAGAGGUUAGAGUUGUGGGAGUGGGGAUGGGGAUGGGGAUGGGGAUGGGGAGGCAUGGAUGGUAA